GGACGAGGGAGAUAACGCGAGGAAGUAGAAGGAGAGGAGCUGCCGCAGGCCGCUACUCGGAAGCGCGGGUGCGCGGAAACGGCGAAAAUUAUUUUUCUGGUGGGAGUGCGAGCGCUCUAACGAGAUGCGUUGACAGGUAUAAGAGAGGCGAUAGUGGGGCGUUUCGCUCCACAAACUUAGCUCAGUCUUAACGAUGUCGCGUUAUUGGUGUCGAUUUUCUGCCAGCGAUUUUCGGAUCGCUGGGGCGAUUUGCGAGCCCCGCUUCGUAUUCGCCGUGUUAUUGAUCUGCGCCGCCUCCCGUUCUUCCCACGGGAAUCCGACGCCCCUCGGUCCCUCGGAACUUCCGGAAUUCAAUCAGUCGGCGACCACCGUCGUCUCGCUCCUGAACAACGCGAACUCCUCGAAUUCCUCGGCCAACGAUCUGUACGUCAUCAGGGCGGUCGUCUACGAGAUCGGGAUACUGACGGACGUCGACGAGUCGACCAAUCAGACGACCGACAGGCACGAGGAGGUCAACCUCUCCUUCUACGACCCGCCGCACAAGGACGACGGGCUCCUGGAUCUGAGCGGAAUUCCGAUACCCCAGGUCGUAACGGCCGCCAACGGGACGUUGUAACGACGCUGAUGUUUUUUUUUUUUUUUUUCGUGGAGAUAAUCAAAAGCGUGAACUGCAAUAUGUAAAUAAUUGUACAAAAUCAAAUUUCUAAGAUUUUCAAUCGUAGGUUUAGUUGAACGUUUGUAUUAUUUACCUUAUAGACACACACACACACACACACACACACUACGUUUCGACGUACAGAUUAUAUAUAUGUAUAUGUAUAUUUACCGUUACGGUAAAACUUCUCAUUAAUGUUAAUUUUACUCACGUCGACGUCGUGCGAUCGAAGAAAAAGACAACGUUAUUUUAUACCAAAUAAAAUGGCCCUUACAUUGUA